AUUAGAGCGAGUUCCGAUUCAUUUUCUGUCACCAUUUUUUAUCUGAUCUUCUUGUUUGAUUGAUAAUUCCGCUUCAGUUUCUUUCUAACAUAUUGAUUUCACAUCAAUAUGUCUCAAUCCGUUGACAAUCCAGAUGUCUUCAACUCAUCAAAUCCCCUAUUUCUUGGAUCGUCUGAUAAUCCAAAUCUAGUUCUUGUAUCAAAUGUUUUCAAUGGAAUCGGCUUCUCUGCGUGGAAGAGAUCAAUAAGUAUUUUUCUCUUGGCCAAGAACAAGUUCGGACUUGUCGACGGUACAAUAGCUCAGCCACUUGUUACUUCACCAUCUUAUUCUUCUUGGAAUCGAGUUAAUUCUAUGGUAAUAAGUUGGAUUCUCAAUUCAUUAAGCAAGAAUAUUGCCGACAGUGUGCUUAUGUUACAAUCUGCACAUGAGAUAUGGCAAGAACUCAAUCAGCGCUAUGAGCAAUAUGAUGGAGCACUGAUCUAUCAUAUUCAUCAACAACUUUACUCCUUAUCACAAAAUUCUGAUGAUUUUUCUUCUUACUUCACAAAAUUAACAAAAAUGUGGGACGAAUUGCGAAUUGUUCAAGGUUUGCCUGCAUGUUCUUGUGGAACUGCUGCAGGAAUCCAUAAGUUUCUCGAAGAUCAAAGGCUAAUUCAGCUUCUAAUGGGACUGAAUGACUCUUACAAAGUCAUAAGAGGUCAAAUUUUGAUGAUGAAGCCCUUGCCUUCUGUCGCUACUGCAUAUUCAAUGAUCAUUCAAGAAGAACAACAACUGAACAUCAAUUUACCUUCAAGUUUCACCAAUGAAGUUGUUACUAUGAACAUGUCUGUUGCAAGUUCAAUCAUUCAAAAUAAGAAGCCUCUUGCAUGCAAUCAAUGCAAGAAAAAUGGACAUUCAAAAGCCCAAUGCUAUCUUUUGAUUGGAUUCCCAGCCAAUUUUAAGUUUACUAAAAGCAAGCAAGAUGAUGUGAAAUCAAGUAUUCAGAAUAUUGUAUCCACUCCAAACAUAUCCACAGAACAAUAUCAGAAUCUUGUAGAAAUGCUACCUCAACUCAAGAACAGUGAUGCAUCUCAUGAUACAACAACUAGCCAUGUGAAUUCUCUUAUUACUCAAGGGGCAAUGAAUGAAGAAGGUCUUAACCUUAAAAGUUUUCUAAUCCCACUGAAAGAGAUCAUCCAAGCCACAAAAAACUUCAGUCCAAAAGGAUGUAUUGGAGGUGGUGGAUUUGGAAAGGUCUAUAGAGGAGAACUCUCAGAGCGUUGGCAAAACCGCACAGCUGCUAUCAAACGCCUAGAUAAGGAUAGCUACCAAGGAGAGCAUGAGUUCCGUAAUGAGGUUAAGAUGAUUUCCAGAUUCCAUCAUGAAAACAUCAUCUCCUUCAUCGGUUACUGUGAUGAAGGGAAAGAGAUGAUUAUUGUCUAUGAAUAUGCCUACAAUGGAAGCCUUGAUCAUCAUCUCCAAGACCCGAAGAAGAUGCAUCGAUUAUCAUGGAUGCAACGCCUGAAGAUUUGCAUAGGGGCAGCAAGAGGACUUAGUUAUCUUCACUCGGGUCUUGGGGAGGACAACAGAGUAAUACACAGAGACGUCAAGAGUGCUAACAUAUUGCUAGACGACAAUUUUGUUGCAAAAAUCUGUGAUUUCGGCUUGUCAAGAGUUGGUCCAAGGAAUCAAUCAGAAACCCAAAUUUACACAAAAGCUGCGGGUACCCUGUUUUACUUGGAUCCCACUUACCAUGAAAGUGCCAUCCUCCGUAAAGAAUCAGAUGUGUACUCGUUUGGGGUGGUAAUGUUUGAAAUGCUGAGUGGGAUGUUGGUUUAUUUAAAAACAAAUGACAGGCCACAGUCUCUGAUGCAUUUCGUCCGCCGAUACCAUCACAACGAACUACAUAAGAUAAUUGAUCCCGAUAUUAAAGACUUUAUUACUAGUCGUUCUUUUGAUAAGUUUACACAAAUUGCUUAUCAAUGCGUUAGUUUCAGUUUACCAGAUCGCCCUCUGAUGGACACAGUCGUUAUGGGGAUUGAGGAAGCAUUUGGUAUUCAUGAUAGUGUUGCUAUCCUUAUUGAGUGUGUUAUGGAAGACAACAGAUUCAGUCAUGGCAAACCUGUUUCAGCAUUUACCCUAUACAAAUGCCUUCUCCAUUGGAAAUAUUUUGAAGAAGAAAAAACAACCUUAUUUGAUCAAAUUGUUCAGAUUAUUAUUUCAGCAACUGAGGGUCAAAAUAACAACAACCAGAUAGCGUUUUGGUUAUCAAAUGUAUCUACUCUGUUAUUCUUAGUCCAAAAAAGUCUAAAACAUCAUAGUGCAAGUUCAGUUCCAGGACAACCACCUGGAACUUCCCUAUCUGGAAGAAAUCCAAUGGGAUUUCAUUCGUCGGUGUCUUCUGUUGACCUUUCUGAGGCUGAGGCUGCACUCAACGUAGUACAACAAGUUGAAGCCAAAUACCCAGCCUAUGCUUUCGUGCAAAAAUUAACAAUAUUUGUAGAGAAAAUGUAUGGCAUUAUUUGUGACAACUUGAAAAAGGAGUUGGAAGCAUUACUCGCCUUGAGUAUUCAGACUCUACAAACGUCCAAGGGAGUGAUAAAACCUGUACAGUCCUUUAACAAAGAUUUUCAGUUCAGUAACUGGCAAGGCAUUGUUGAUCGUCUCAACUCUCUUCUCCACAUAUUGAAAGACAAUUUUGUGCCUCCCAUAAUUGUGCAGAAGAUAUUUUCUCAAAAUUUCUCAUAUAUCAAUGUGCAACUGUUCAAUAGUCUUCUUCUUCAUGGAAAGUGUUGUAGCUUGAGCAACGUGGAAUAUGUGAAAGCUGGUUUAACAAAGUUGGAGCUAUGGUGUUCUCAGGUAAAAGAUGAGGUAAUGCUUUAUUCUGAAAUUUCAUGUGUAACUGUGUUGUGUAUAUUUAUGCUUGAGUUCCACAUCUUGUCUUAA